AUGCUUGAAUUGACAGGCCCAAUUGAAGCGCGACUCGAUGAGAGCAAAAACGAGAUUUUCAGCAGUCUCUGUUCGCGUGCAACGGGGGGAGAGAACUAUGUCAACGCAGGGGCCAAGGAUAACAACUGGCUCACAAACGACGGUUUAGUUGAUUCAUCGGGGGAGGCAGACGGCACCAUCCAACUCGCCUACUUAUGGACCGCACUCAAGUGGGAGCCGGAGACCGAGUGGGACGAAUGGCGCAUGAAUGGUGUCCGCGUUGCAGUUGGCCUAGUCUGUGGUUACCUCGUCUGGACAUGUUGUGCGGCCCUUGUGGGUCUCGUAGGGGCUCUCAGA